UUCUUUCUUUACCGUCGCAGCUCCAUUAACAGCCAAAGGACAACAGUAACGGUUUAGGAGUGUUAAUUAUUUAUUUGUGUCACUUUUUAAACGUAAGCUCACCCCACUGACAGCACCGAACACAGUCGUCGGUGUUGUGAAAUAUUAUGUAAGACGUUAAUUUGAUCCUGCCUCAGAACAGGACUCGGUCCACCGGCUAACUUCUAACCAGCAGCCGGUCAAACAUGGACAGCAGAGCGGGAUUAAAGCGCCUCUACACCAGAUGGUAGUGGGUUUGAUCCCAAGAUGUCACCUAACCCUGAGGAGGACAUCAAUGCCUCCAUGAACUCUUUUCGAGUCGGUGUCCGAGGCCUCCCACUGGCCUUGGCGUCCUUACCACAGACUGUUGUCUCAGAUUUACGCUUCCAUCCGAGAUGGAGAGCAAUAAUGGUGACCACCCUGCUGGCUUUAGUGCUGAUGAUAUAUCUGCACCGACCAGCAGGGGAUGAAAAACAAGGUUCUCAAGGAACAGGGUUCGUAGCUUUUAGAUGUCCAACAGGGCUGAUGAGAUCUUCAGGGGACGUUUUUAGUGCAACUGGACAACGACUCACUGGGCAUCAGAAAACAGAAAAGCCUUACAAUCACACGUAUCCAUUAAGUCCUCCAGAGAAGACUCGAGAUGGCGUUCGCUAUCGUAUAGGAGUUAUUGCAGACCUGGACACAGCGUCACAGAGCUCCAAGGAUCAGACGUGGUUUAGCUACAUGAGACGAGGAUUCCUGACUGUUUCAGAGAGCGCCGACAGACUGGAGGUGGAAUGGGACCCUGACAUGGUCACUCUGGAGAGCCAUCUGGCCGAGAAGGGACGAGGUAUGGAGCUGUCAGAGCUUGUGGUGUUCAACGGUCACCUGUACAGUGUGGACGACCGUACAGGUGUUGUGUACAGGAUUGAGGGAAACCAAGCCAUCCCCUGGGUUAUAUUACCCGAUGGAGACGGUUCUGUCUCUAAAGGAUUUAAGGCAGAGUGGCUAGCAGUGAAGGAUGAGCACCUGUUUGUAGGAGGCCUGGGGAAGGAGUGGACAACGACAUCUGGGGAGGUGGUCAACAACAACCCAGAGUGGGUGAAAGUCGUUGGCUACCAGGGCCAAGUGGAGCAUGAAAACUGGGUGCCUUAUUACAACGCCCUGCGGAGCGCCGCAGGGAUCCAACCACCAGGCUACCUUAUCCAUGAAUCUGCAGCUUGGAGCGAGCAUCUCCAGCGUUGGUUCUUCCUGCCCCGCCGUGCCAGUCACGAGCGCUAUGACGAGACAGCAGAUGAGCGUCGUGCUACCAACCUCCUACUGUCCUGCCCCACAGACUUCAGCCAUGUCACCACGCAGUGCGUUGGACCUUUGAAUCCCACCCACGGCUUCUCUUCAUUCAAAUUUGUUCCAGGCACGGACGAUCAGCUCAUCUUAGCUCUUAAGUCGGAAGAAGACGCCGGCAGGAUCGCCACCUACAUGAUCGGACUGACGCUGGACGGUCGCGAGGUGAUGCCCGAGACCAAGAUAGGAGACGUGAAGUACGAAGGGCUGGAGUUUAUUUAGACUGUCGGGUUUCUUAGUUACUGAAGAAGCUGUUUGUCUCAUUCCCUUUUAGUUUAACUGUAAGAAAUGACCAAAAUGAUGAUUUCAUACUGAAAUGAUGCUUUAAGACAACGCCAGACCAGAUGCAUUCAGAACUAGUGAACCAAUCGCUGCUGGUCCCUAAAAAUAACUUGUUCUGUGUGAGAUAGUAGGGAAUAUGCUUGAUGUUUAACAACCAGGAUGGUUCUUUAGCUUUAGCCCAGACAACACACACACUGACCUGACUGACUACUGGUGUGACUGGACUUCUUUUAGAUCAAAGAUUUGACACUUUGAGGCUGCAUCUCCAAGCUUUGAGGUCUCUGGGAGACGUUUUGUGUUUCUGACCGCGAGAUGUUCCACCUGCUCACACAUUUCUAGUCUUAAAUACAAACGAGUGGCUUUACAUGUUUGAUGCUGUGUGUCCGUGAGAUCUUUUUAGGAUUUUGUUUCCAUUGUGUAGGUUUAACAGGGAUGUAAAAUUCAGCAAGUUCAUGCUAACUCUUUUGUAUAGGAUGAGUCUCUUCAGACACCCAGGAAUCAAACCUUUUAAAAUUUCUACACCACCUCAGACCUGUGUGAUGCUUUGUCGUGUGGAUCUUAUUCUGACACAGGUGACUGAUCUUUUAGCUACAGGGGGUUUAAUUUGAGCUUCAGCAGAUGAUUUUAGCUUGAAUCCAAACAGAAGUUGAUUAACCUUUAACAUGUUCCCUCCAUGAUUAAAAAUCUGUUGAAAUCA